ACCUGUGAGAGGUGGAGCCUUCAGCCUCCUGAUGGAGAAGCACUAACCGGAGAUCGCAGCCUCUGAGCGGACCGUGUGGACCCGAACCAGAGCCGAACCUCCCGGUUUGUGUGUGUUUCCGCGUGCGUGUCGGUGCUUCUUGUCGGUGAUGGAGGCGGCGGAGGGUGGCGUGUGCGGGGUGAAGGUGAUGUGUCGCUUCAGGCCGUUGAACGAGGCGGAGCGGAGCCGCGGAGACAAAAACAUCCCGAAAUUUAACGGAGAGGACACCGUGGUGGUGUCGGGGAAGCCAUAUGUGUUCGACCAAGUCUUCCCCCCAACCACUGAACAGGUUCAGGUGUACGACACCUGCGCCAAGCAGAUCGUCAGAGAUGUGUUGGGAGGAUAUAACGGCACCAUCUUUGCUUAUGGUCAGACCUCCUCAGGAAAGACUCACACAAUGGAGGGGACCCUUCAUGACCCUCAUCAGAUGGGCAUCAUCCCUCGUAUUUCCAGAGACAUCUUCGACCACAUCUACUCCAUGGAUGAGAACCUGGAGUUCCACAUCAAGGUGUCUUAUUUUGAAAUCUAUCUGGAUAAAAUCAGAGACCUGCUGGAUGUGUCAAAGACCAACCUGGCUGUUCAUGAAGAUAAGAACAGAGUUCCCUUUGUGAAGGGCUGCACGGAGCGCUUUGUUUCCAGUCCCGAGGAGGUGAUGGACGUUAUCGAUGAAGGAAAAGCAAACAGACACGUCGCUGUGACCAACAUGAACGAGCACAGCUCUCGCAGUCACAGCAUUUUUCUGAUCAACAUCAAACAGGAGAACGUGGAGACGGAGAUGAAGCUAUCAGGGAAACUUUACCUGGUGGACCUGGCAGGCAGCGAGAAGGUGAGUAAAACAGGAGCAGAGGGCGCUGUUUUGGAUGAGGCUAAAAACAUCAACAAGUCUCUGUCUGCUCUGGGGAACGUCAUCGCUGCCCUGAGUGAAGGAACGAAAACUCACGUUCCAUACAGAGACAGUAAGAUGACCCGGAUCCUUCAGGACUCUCUGGGUGGAAACUGUCGAACUACCAUCAUCAUCUGCUGCUCGCCGUCUGUUUACAACGAGGCUGAAACCAAGUCCACGCUCAUGUUUGGACAGAGGUACGGCAAGUCACCUGAUCAGAGGAAAAAGCAGAGUGAGUCUGUACCUGUGGAGGAACAGCUGAGCAACAGAAACAAGAAGUGCAGCAGCGAGACAGCAGCAGCGAUUGACAGCUUGGCUCCGCCCCCUGUCGCCCUGUCUGUGGAGGAGAAGUCGCAGUACGAGACUCUCAUCACUGACCUGUACCAGCAGCUGGACGACAAAGAUGAUGAGAUCAACCAGCAGAGUCAGAUGUCUGAGAAACUCAAACAGCAGCUGAUCGACCAGGAUGAGCUGCUGGCAUCUAUCCGCCAAGACUAUGAGCGGCUGCAGGAGGAGCUGUCCCGCCUGCAGAGGGAAAGCGAUUCAGCUAAAGAGGAGGUGAAGGAGGUGUUGCAGGCGCUGGAGGAGCUGGCUGUCAACUACGACCACAAGAGUCAGGAGGUGGAGAAUAAGAACCGCUGCAAUGAACAGCUGAACGACGAGCUCGCUCACAAAACUGUCAGUCUGGAGGCUGUUCAGAGGGAGCUGUCCUCCCUGCAGGAGCUCAGCUCUCAUCAUAAGAGGAGGUCAGCGGAGAUCGUCAGUUUGCUGCUCAGAGACCUCAGUGAGAUCGGCAGUGUUCUCGGAACCACCGAGCUCAAAGCUAUGACUGAAGUGAGUGGAGUGAUGGAGGAAGAGUUCACCUCUGCCCGACUCUACAUCAGUAAGAUGAAGUCUGAAGUCAAAUCUCUGGUGAACCGCAGCAAACAGUUGGAGGUCAACCUGACAGAAAACACCUGUAAGAUGAAGGCGAACGAGAAGGAGCUGAGCACGUGCCAGCUGCUCGUGUCGCAGCUCCGGGCAAAGCUGGGGUCUCUCACCGAUGACCUCCAGAAGGUGGAGCAGAAGAAGAGGCAGCUGGAGGAGAGUCAGGAUGCUCUGAUGGAGGAGGUCGCCAAGCUCCGCGCACAAGGUCAAAUGCACGAGCUGACAGUGAUGGACAAAGAGAAAGAACACAUGAGCCAGCUGAAGGAUGUUGUGGAGAUGAAGAGAACGCUGGAGGAACAGAUGGAGAACCACCGGGAGGUUCAUCACAAACAGCUGAGUCGACUCCGAGAUGAGAUCGAUCAGAAACACAGAGACGUCGACCGACUCAAAGACGUGAAUCAGGCUCUGCAGCUGGAAAACAGGAAGCUUCAGUCUGACUUGGACAAACUGAGAGCAGAGGAUCAGAACAAAGACCAGAAGCUUCAAAAGCUCAUGUUUGUGAACGAGAAGAGAGAACAAGCCAAAGAAGACCUGAAGGGUUUGGAGGAGACGGUGGCCAAAGAGCUGCAGAUGCUCAACAACCUUCGCAAACUCUUCAUCGACGACAUUGGAGCUCGAAUCAAGAAUAGUUCAGAGAAUGACAGCGAUGAGGCUGGUGGCAGUUUGGCUCAGAGACAGAGGAUCGUCUUCUUAGAAAAUAACUUGGAGCAGCUCAGCAGGGUCCACAAACAGCUGGUUCGGGAUAACGCUGAGCUCCGCUGUGAGCUGCCCAAAUUGGAGAAGCGUCUCCGGGCGACAGCGGAGCGAGUGAAAGCUCUGGAAACUGCUCUGAAAAAUGCAAAAGAGUCAGCCGUGAGGGAUCGCAAACGCUACCAACAGGAAGUUGACCGCAUCAAAGAGGCUGUGCGGUCCAAAAACCUGUUCAGGAAAGGACACUCGGCUCAGAUCGCCAAGCCAAUAAGAGCCGGUCAUCAGCACCAUCAGAAUCCGUCCUUCUCCCAUGCUAUCCGACCUACCAUUAGAGGAGGGGGUGCAGGGUCCAGCCCACGACACCAACCCCCCCGACACCAACCUCAGCAACAUCUCCACCAGAGCAGCAGCAGCAAGUAGGCUCCAGGUAGCAGAUGACUCUGGAUCAGUUUCCUUUUCUGUGGAUCUUUGGACUCUCCUGUUUUCACCACUCUGCCUAUACUGGAACCACACCCCACAAUGUUCUGCCUUAACAGCCAUUCCACCUUAAACAAACCACCUUAACAGCCUUGCCAGCUUAACAAACAUUCCACCCUAACGCAGGUGCUCUCUCUGACUGUUUUCUGAAUUUUUGUUGUUGUUCUUUAUUCUCAAACAAUCAAAUAUCUUCAAAGAAUUACCGCUAAGAAAAGUUAAUAUCUUUUUUAUAUCUCUAUCUUUUUUUUUAACUAAAUGACAUUUUUAGAUUUUUGGGUCUCUGUUGCCUUUAUCACACAGCACAGUGGAGAAAGAGAGGAAGGACGCAGCAAAGGCUCUCGGAUCAGUUCUGCCUGGUCGCUGCGUCUGGUUGCCUUUAGCUGUGAGCUAAACCUGAGUCUGAAUCUGAGUCUGUAAACCUGUCAGUGUUUACUCAUCAUGUUUAUGGCAUUCAACUCUCAGAUUUAAAGCAAACAGAUUUUUCACAGAGGUGCAGAAUUCCUCGUUUGAAAUUAAAUCAAAAAAGAGUUUAUUAUAAUCUUUAAAAAGUGUUAUUCUCCAAACCUAGGAGUAAUCUGGAAAUGCUGCUCCCUGAUUCCAACUCCACCCAAGGACAAAAACUUUUAGCAGUCUAAACUCUACGCAGCCGUUUGUUGACUUCGGCAGUGAGCCACGCCAAAAUAAAGGUCCCUAAUGUUCCCUGCCCAAUAUGAAAGUCAAACAACAGAUACAUUUCUAACACAAGGUCCCACUCAAACAAGAGAAAACAGAUUUCAACAGAAAAGGCUUCUCAUUCAUAUCAGGCUGCUGCCGUGUUUAACAUAUAGUGAAAGAAUACUCCAGGUUGUUUAAUUUACAAAACUAUUAAUAACUAUUUACAAAGAGCUUGAUUAGGUCUCACAAGGCCACACACACAAGUUCACUCACUUUACUCAGUAAUGAACUUUUUGACUCAGGAGUUUCACACAGAGAACACUCAAAAGUUACCAUGAGAAACACACAGCUUGUUGUCCAGUCUGGGAACAGGAAUCCAAGCAAACAACUCGGCUGUCAAGAUAUACCCACACAGGACCCUGGGAGGGAGGAGAGAGAAAAACCCACACCCACAUUCUCUGGUGGGAAGGGUCACACAUAACAAUGAUACUAAAAUCAGUCAGGGCUCUAGACUAACUUUUUGCCACAGUUGCCUGGUGCACCUAACGUUUUUUCCUUAGGUGCACCAGCACCUGUCAACACAAAGUUCUUUAUUUGGAGCACAUUUCUACAAGAAAGACAAGUUACUGAAAAAAUGUGUUUAAAGUGCUUCACUGAGCUGAAAUGUAAACUUAAAACAUCUCAAGAUAUAUUCAAUAAAAAGAAAAUGUAAAUUAAAAAGACCUCAAAGUGUCUGACAGGCCUCAAAAUGAACAUCUCAGUAUCUGAACAGCUUUAUAUCUUAUGGACCCUCCUCCAUUACAGUCACAUGGCCCUCAGAUGGCCAACUCCUGUAAUCUGGCCUUUUCCCCCUUUUUUCCCAUGUGUCUGUGAUGACACCUGUAACCUGGGCUCACGUGACAUCAUUACUGUACAUGGGAUUUACCUUCAAGACAUUUUUCUUGUGAAGAAUUAUUUUGGACUUGAACUUAGUGAUCAGAACAUCUUCUUUGGGAAUAUCGUAGGCAAUGUUAAACUUGAUCAUCACAUCGACCUCCUGUGACGACCUGUUUGCUGCCGCUGAAAGGCAGUGGGGAGAAGGGAAACUUGGCCAGUGCAUUUAUCGCAGCAUAUAAUGUGUUUUCUGAAUACACUGUUUCUUUUUGAAACGUAUUAGCUGCAGUCACAAAUGCAGUAUUGCCGGCCACAGUUUCUUCACACUCACUGCAGGAAAUGCAGUGCAUCAUGUUGUCAGCUUUACUGUAUCUUAGCCAGGGAAACUGGCCAAGCCGCUCUCUUCCCAACGUAUACACUUUACGCUUUUACUGUCAGCGGGCUCUGAGUCCAUCAUAUGUGGCUCAUUAUCUGAUGCCGUCUCUGGACCAGUGUUAGACAUAACCUGAGAGGUUGAUGGCUCCGUGUCAGAGCACUUGCUAUGAGUUUCAGAGCAAUCAGGCCUUAACGAAACAGUUAUCAAUCGUUCUUUUCAUCUUUUCUCAUUACCCACAGCUACAGCCACUUCUAUCGGGUCUAGGCUGCUCACCUCUGUCUAUCUGCCUGCACCUUCAAAUGUAUACACAUGUAGGCCUACAUGUGGACCAUGACCAAUCACUAUCUCUGAUUGGUUUAGACCACGAUACAGGCAUAAUGUGUGAUGUUUUCUUUACUUGAAUGACUGGUUGCACCGGUGCGACCUAGGAUUCUUUUAGUCACACCACUGAGAAGUUAGGUCGCAUGUCACACUCUAGAGCAGGGGUGGGCAAUCUCAGUCCACGAGGGCCGGUGUCCUGCAGGUUUUAGAUCUCAC